AUGACCGCCACUCCCGAUUCCGAGUUUCCCUGCUCAAUUGUUCUCAACGUCCCGUUUCCCACCUCUCGACUGGCUACGACCGCGCUCAAGGCUAUUCAGGUGGACCCGGAACUCUCUCCACUCGUCAGGCGACAGCUCACCGUUGUCCCAGCGCCGACGUCAACAUCAACGCAGGGUUCUCCCGCUGGAACUGCAUCUGCAUCUGCAACUGGCGACGAUGCACGGCUCCUCGAGGUUCGAUACAGGGCCACAACCAAUCGAAUGCUCCGUGUAGCCGUCAAUGGGUUCAUGGAGAGCUUGAAGCUUGUGGUGGAAGUCAUGGAGCAGCUAGACACUGACGUCCUUGCCCAAAAGCAACAAUAA